GAAAAUUGGAAACAAGGCGAGCUCCGGUUUUCCUAGCCAGACUUCUAAGGCAGCGGCGGCGCAGGUCCCCGAACAGACAACAUGCCCAUUGCCAGAAUGCGCAUGAGACCCUGGCUAGAGAUGCAGAUUAAUUCCAACCAAAUCCCAGGCCUGACCUGGAUUAACAAGGAAGAGAUGACCUUCCAGAUCCCAUGGAAGCAUGCAGCAAAGCAUGGCUGGGACAUCAACAAAGAUGCCUGUCUUUUCCGGAGCUGGGCCAUUCACACAGGUCGCUACAAAGUUGGGGAGAGGGAGCCAGACCCUAAAACGUGGAAGGCCAAUUUCCGCUGUGCCAUGAAUUCCCUCCCUGACAUAGAGGAAGUGAAGGACCAAAGCAGGAACAAGGGCAGCUCAGCCGUGAGAGUGUACCGAAUGCUCCCACCUCUAACUAAGAACCAGCGGAAAGAGAGAAAGUCCAAGUCAUCCAAAGAUUCUAGAAGCAAGAGCAAGAGAAAGUCAUAUGCAGAAUCCAGUCCUGACACUCAAUCAGAUGGGCUUAGCAGCUCAACUCUGCCUGAUGAUCACAGUGGAUACACAGCUCAAGUUUAUCCCGAGCAGGACAUGGAAGUGGAAAGCUCCUCAAUCACUUUGGAACUCUCCUCCUGUGAUGUCACCAGCACCCUCCCUGACUGGCAUGUCCCAAUGGAUAUCCCUGAUAGCACCAAUGACAUGUAUACCUUCCAGGUGUCGCCAUUGCCCUCCAGCUCUGAUGCAGCAACGGAAGAGGAGGAGGAGGAAAAAAUAGCUGAGGAUAUCAUUAAGCUAAUAGAACAGUCAGAGUGGCAGCAGACUGAUAUUGAUGGUAAAGGCUAUCUGCUUAAUGAACUAGGUACCCAGCCCCUCUACAGUAACUUCAGCUUAAAGGAAGAAGAUAGUGACAUGGAUGGAUCAAGAGAAGUUAUUGAGUUGAAUUUACAUCAAGCCUUCACAGAACUGAGGACCCUGGAUGCAAGUUGGAUGGACACCUUGUUGACGCCUGUUCGACAACCCAGCAUCCAAGCUAUUUCCUGUGGGCAGUAACCAUGUUCUCUGCCCCCAGUGAGCCAGUGGGGAAAGAUGGACCCCAAUGGGCAGUGUUGGUGGCUGGUGAAUAUAGAACUUUUAUCGCAUGGCCCCAAGGAACAUAAGAGUCAGGAGAGGGCUGGACCUGUCCUCUGGGAAGAUUGGUAUCUGGGUUUUAAUAUGUCAGAAAGACAGUGAAGGCAGGGGCUGCCACUCUUAUUUCUACUUAUUAAUUUCCCACUUUGUGAGCUCCCAACUGCUAUAUUCUGGAUUUUCCCAGUGAGAUAUAGUGGCUGGGAGAUUUGGGCAAACUCCUGAUUUGGUACAGAGAAAGAAGGAUCAAUUAAGUCAGACCUCUUGAUGUCCCCAUGCUGGACAGAAAGUUCAGAAAAAACCACUGGUAACAGCUAUUUGCACUAAGAAUGAUUCUAUUUUGUAAUCAUUUGCACUAACUGAGCCCCUUUCCCUAAAGACCCUUUGGCUGGCAUGUAAAUGUGAAGGAAAAAUGAGUCGCAAACAAACCGUACUAUUCUUCCAGGUUCUCUGCUCGAGAGGAAGCCCUCUCCUGAAUCUUCAUUCACUUUGGCUGUGAAUAGUUUUUCCUCAGAUAACCUGUCUCUUAAAAAUAUACACUAUUCCCCCCACCUCCUUGCCUUCAUGGCCAUCUACAUUUAUUUAUACAGUCCCUUGGGUCAGUACUCUAUCCAACUCUUGGGUUGCCCCACAGUGCUUGAAGAGAGAAGUGAAUGUGCCUUGGUUUGACCUCUAAAGUCUAAGAAAUACCAUCCGCUGUAAGUCAUUUAUAUAUGUGAUCAUAUGUACAUAUGUAAAUAUGUAAAUUUGUUUUUAUUAAAAAUGUUUAU